UAAUACUUUCAGUAAAUCCACACCUUUCAGAGGCCUUCUCCUCUCAUGUCAUGUAGCAGCCAACUUUACUUACCUGACUUGACACACUUAGAAAAUGACUGGGGUGAUGUCACACACUUUCUCUUUACUGACACUCACUGGACAACUGCGGUAAUGACAGGAAAGUUCAGGAACUCACUGGAAGUAAAACAGGCUUCUUUAUAAAGCCUGAGCAGCUCACAGCGCUCAGGUCAAAUCAAAGAGAGCUGCUACGCUAUCUGACAGAGCAAUCAAGAGUCAACACAACCGUAGAAGAGAAUGUUGAGUCUGUACGGCUUACAGCCUUCAUUCAGCCCAUUCAUGGACAUUCCCUGGCCUGUGCGCAGUCUGUGGCCUGAGGUUGUUCCUCUUUACCAUCACAGAGAUGCACUGCUGAAAAACAUGCAGGGCAUAGAGACUACUUUGAAGCUUUUGGAGAAACUUCAGCACGAGAUCUUUCAGAAAGUCUCCCAGACCGCCGCCUCUGACGUGGUCCAGCCGCUCUCCUACGCAGUGGAGAAAGAGGGAGGUGGUUUUGCCUUGACCCUGGAUGCUAAAGGCUUCUCCCCCGAGGAACUGUCCGUCAAACAGGUGGGAAGGAAGCUGCGCGUCUGCGGGAAGACAGAGAAGAGAGAGGAAGAUGGGAAAGGAUCUUACUCACACAGAGUCCAGGAGUUCAGGCGGGAGUUUGUCUUGCCGGAAGGAGUGAAUCCAGAGGCGCUGAGCUGCUCCCUGGCUGAUGGAAAACUAUUCGUUCAGGCACCAAACACACAGCAGUCUGAAAAACCUGACAGAGUGCUAACCAUCGACGGCAGUCAAGCCGGUGAGAUAGCUCGGUCAGAAACCACACAGACCCAGGACAGCACCACUGAAACACAGAGAGCAGCGGAGCAAAAGCUUGGCUGAAGAGAGCGAGAACGUCUGUAGCAGAAUUGUACGGCUCCGCGUGUAGGGCCAGUGCGGCAACUGUUUUAUCUGUCCAUUGGAAAUAUAAUGACGUAGAUAUACUGUUUUUAAGCCUCUUAUAAUGUCUACUUCUCCUGUGCUUCGUUUCUUUGUUUGUACAAUUUUGUUAUGCAAUUUGUACUAGAGUUGUAAAAAAAGUCUUCAAAAAUAAAGACAAUUUCAUUUCGCUACUCCAGAUGUGACUGUGUUUGUCUGUUCCACAAUUAACAAACAACAACAGAAAGAACUAGAAGACUGGUUAAGCUGAAAGCGCAGCACAUGUAGCUUGUUCAGAUUUAUCACCAAGCAUUUCAAGUGAGCUCAC